UAUGACUCGGGCUGAAGCUGCGCUGUGGUCAGUGGUCACUGGAGCUGUACUUCCUCGUCCCGCGAGCCUUUUUGCUGGUAUUGCUGCUCUUGUCUCCGCAACCGCUGCUGCCUCCUGCUUUUCGGAAUCAUGAUGUACUUCCGGCUCUCCCCAGUUCCGAGCUCAGGGCUCGUUCUUCUCUGCCUCCUCUUAGGAGCUGUCCAGUCGUAUGCAUUGGAACUUACUUUGAACAAUACAGAAAAAGCCAUUUGUCUUUCUGCAAAAUGGCAGAUGAAUUUCACAAUACAUUAUAAUACUACAAACAACACUUUUAAAACUGUAACCAUUUCAGACUUUUCCAAUGCAACAUAUAAUGGAAGCAGUUGUAGGGAUAACCAGAAUCGUUCCAAAAUUGCAGUACAAUUUGGAUCCGGUUUCUCUUGGAUUGUGAAUUUUACCAUGGAGGCAUCUAAUUAUUUAAUUGAUGGUAUCUCAUUUACCUACAACAUGAGUGAUAAUACAACAUUUCCUGAUGCUGCACAAAAAGGAAGUGUUACUGUUCAUCACAAGGUGACAAUGAAAAUUCCAUUGAGUGACAUCUUUAGAUGCAAUAGCUUAUUAACUAUACCAGUUGGCCAUGUUGUGCAGCAAUAUUCGGAUGUUCUUGUACAACCUUUUGUUGAAAAUGGCACAGUGAGCAGAAAAGAAUUUAUAUGUGAUGAAGAUAAAAUUUCCACAACGAUAACACCCAUCAUUCAUACCACCGUGCCAUCUCCUACUACAACACCUACUCCAAAGAAAAACCCAGCGGUGGGAAACUAUUCUGUUACUAAUGGUAAUGGCACUUGUCUACUGGCUACCAUGGGACUGCAGCUGAACAUCACUCAAGAGGAGGUUCCUGUCAUUAUUAACAUCAACCCCAAUAUAACUAGCUUCACUGGCAGUUGUCAUCCCCAAACAGCCCAGCUUAGACUGAACAACAGCAACAUUAAUCUUGACUUUGUCUUUGCCAUGAAAAAUGGAAACCGAUUCUAUCUGAAGGAAGUGAAUGCCAGCAUAUAUUUGACUAAUAGCACUGUUUUCAGCGUUGGAAAUAAUAACCUUAGCUACUGGGAUGCCCCGUUGGGAAGUUCUUAUAUGUGCAACAAAGAGCAGAUUGUGUCAGUGUCUGGAAAAUUUCAGAUAAAUACCUUUAAUCUCAGGGUCCAGCCUUUCAAUGUGAAGGAAGGAAAGUAUUCUACAGCUCAAGACUGCAGUGCAGAUGACGACAACUUCCUUGUGCCCAUAGCGGUGGGAGCAGCCUUGGCAGGAGUACUUAUUCUAGUGUUGCUGGCUUAUUUUAUUGGUCUCAAGCGCCAUCAUGCUGGAUAUGAGCAAUUUUAAAACCUGCAAUCUGAUUUAUUACACAAAAAUACAUGCAAAUAACAAAGUUUCCCUGCUUCUUAGCGUAUGAAACACUGUUCCUUAAAAUUGCUAUGCUGAUAACUUUUAAUUCUUAAAUCUAAACCCCAGAAUUUUGAGGUUAGUAUUUACUAAUAAAAACUGUUCUUCCCUUGAGGUUAAAGUUGAAAGUGUUGUAUUUACAGGUCCUGGAGACAACUUGUUAGACUCUUGAUACGUAAUGUUUUAAGAUGUGUCUUAAGCUUUGGCCAAAUUUUGGUUCUAAACUAAGAUGCCUUAAAUUUAUUAACAUGGUCAUUUUAAGAAUAAAAUACGUAGUUGUAUCUUACUGGAAUUAAUAAAUAUUGUUUCACUA